UCAGGAAAUGAUUUGCCCGCUGCUCUUCCCUGCGCGCCCUGUAGGGGGAGAAAGAGCCAGACACACACACACACACUGGCUCUCAGACACAGACAGGCCAGCUAACACACACACACUCACACAUCUCACACCGCACACAUCUGCCUCUGAACCCCGCACAAUGCACGUACACGUACACCAAGCUCAGUGCCACAGGCCGGCGCAUUGAUCUAUCAGACAAGAGAGCAGCCUGACACACGGCAGAUGUCACCCACAUAAGCGGCUCUGUCACAUUCAGACAGCUCUGACACACGGUUAUGUCACAUUCAGACACAGCGUAUUGUCACACACACACAGACUGAAUGACAAGCACACACAGACCUGUCACAUACACACACGGCUGCUGACUGCUCGCCUUAACCGGCCUCCGUACGUCGGGAGCACAGCGACAGGAGCCAGUACAUUGCGGUCUUUGAGCUAGAUGACUGUGAUUAUCAUGUGAUUAAUGUGUAUCCUGUUGCCCUGUGGGCUCCUUUUCAUAUCCGGAGGCAAUGCUCUACAGUGCCUGUCAGAAUGUCAGCCUGCAGCUCAUUCACAGAGCAUGUCUGGAAACCAGGGGAGUGCAAGAACUGCUUUCAGCCCAAGGGGCAGCACCAACUGGUAGCUCUUAAUAGGGGCAAUCCCGCACAGCCUCCACCUCCACCACCCCCACCGCCUCCUUACAGAGGGUAUCAUGCUAAGAUCAUCUCAAGUCAGAGGUCACGUGCAGCCACUGGCUUUAGACCGCCUGUGGCCAAAAAACCUACCAUUGCUGUUAAACCCACCAUGAUGGCAGUUGAGGGAGCUUCUUGCCAGCCAGCCCAUUGUCAAGCCAGGGUAAUUUUGCCCCAACAACCACCCCAAGACAAAACACCAGUUACAGUCUGUAGUGAUGAUCAAGCAAAUAACAACACAGGAGAUGAGCCAAGUGUCGCAAAUAACAAUCUCAUAAGCAGUAGUGGACUAACAGAGGUGCUGAAGGAGAUUGCAGGAUUGGGGAGCACAUCUGUACACAGGCCUCAAUUAGAAACCACAACCCGUGAGACUUUUCUCUGCAGGAUCAAUCAAUGUUACCGGCGUUCCCUCGAAAGAAAACCAUCGAUGAGUUGCCUCUCUGGAGGUCGUCAUGAUGUUGGAGAGGUAAAAAGAACUGUGCGACGAGUGGCACUAAGUGGAGAAGAGGGGGCAGUAAUCAGCUGGGAUGGUGGACGCUUCUGCUACCCAGAGUUCUCUAGUGGUGAAGAGAGUUGGGAAGAUGAAGGUGAGACAGAGAGAGGGGAACGGGAGAGCUGGGAGGAGAGCGAUGAGGAACUCCUGGCCAUGGAAAUACGAAUGAGGGGCCAACCACGUUUUGCUAAUUUACAGGGGGGUAGUCUUUCUCCAGUACCUGGCCGUCCAGGUGGGAGAGAAAAGUGGAACACUGUGCCUUUGCGUCAAAAGUCAUUGCAAAGGGUUUGUGCUGUGGAUUAUGAUGAUAGUUAUGAUGAGAUUCUAAAUGGCUGUGAUGUGGCUGAAGACAGGAGUGUAGCUGCUAUAUGUCCUUCUCCUGAUCCAUCCAUGACAGAGUCUUUUUCUUGUCCUCCUUCUUCUUCCUCCUCCUCUUCUUCUUCUUCUGGGGGGUUAUUUUGUAAUGGUGAUGUAUUAUCAGAUAAAACAGGAGAAGAGGGUUCAGAAGUUGCCAUACAAAGAGCGUUUCAGGAUAGUGGUAUGUGUCAAGCUAAGCCUUAUCGUGUUGUGAGUCUGGAACAACCAGUCUGUAAGCCUUAUACAGUGGUGGACGUGUCAGCAGCUAUGGCUGGUGACCGCUUAUCUGAGCCCAACACCAGGUUAAAGAAGGCAACUGCAACUCGCUACCAGGAGGUGUGGACAUCCAGUACUAGCCCUCGGCAGAAGAUUGCAAAGAAUGAGGUGGUAGAGGCACCCAAACGUAGCUGUCACAAAUCUGCUCCCACCUCUCCUACUGCUGGGUUGAGUGCCAACACUGUACCUGUCCGAUCACCCAACUUGUCAGAAAUUAAGUUCAACAGUUAUAACAAUGCUGGCAUGCCACCCUUUCCAAUUAUAAUCCACGAUGAACCAGAAUAUGCUCACAGCUGCAAGAGUGCUGACAAAGUGCAUAUCCUUAUUAAUCCUGGGGCCUAUGACAACCUGGCUAUAUACCGUAGCUUUGUAGGGGCAAGUGGGGUGUCUCCAAUUCCCCCUGAAAAAGAAAGACAAUCAACUAGUAGUUUUGUUAGCCACACAUAUGAAGAGAUAGAAACACCAGCAAAAGGGCAGAAAAAGCAGGCUUCUUUAAGUAAAACGACAAAGGAGGUUAAUGGUUGUCCCAGAGAAAGCGCCAACCGGGUGCUUUCCCAGAUUGUGGCAUCCAUACAACCACCACGCUCUCCUCCAGAGUCUGUGACUCCUGAGUCUGCCAGUACCGAGAUACCAGCCUUACCAGAGCAACACCCUGAGCCUGAAUCUCCACAAGGGUCACUGGAGAGACCCACGACACUCUUUACCUCACAGAGUGAUAUGACAGGAACUCUCAGCUUUAAAAAGGUGUCACCAGUGUCUUCCUCUGAAGUGAGCCCAACAUCUCAUGGCGCUAAUGAACCCCUGCCACCAUUUCCCCCUCCACGUUCAACUUCUUCUCCUUAUCAUGCUACCAUGCUGCAGAAACAGUUUGCAACAAGGGAUAAACCUGCUGGCACCAAUCGCCCUUCACCAAAUGAAUGUACAACACAACCACGCCGACAGCCAGAUGGAAAGCCACGCCGAUGGAUAUCUUUCAAAAGCUUCUUUAAGAAGAAAAAGGAUGGAAGUGGUGCAGCAGAGGAGAGGGGGGAAGAGGGCAAAUUAUUAGGGCUUGAUGGAACAGUUAUCCACAUGCUUCCACCACCACCAGUUCAGCGCCACCAGUGGUUUAGUGAGAGCCAUGGAGAACAUGGAGAGAAACCAUCUAUUGUGUUCAUGUGUACAAAUGAAGAACAGAAAGUAAUCAGCUCUCAAAAAGAAAUGGACACCGAGAACAAAUCUAGCAGUAUUCCUGAUAUUAGACCAGAACAAGAACCCACCUCACCUAUAGGAACACCUCUGACAACACCAUCCCCAGAUGAGCUGCUUGUUGUGGGCCAUUCUCUGCAGUUGGCAGAACCUGACACGCAGGCUCAAGAGGAGUAUGUACCUGCCUCUGAUUGCUCAUCUGAAUGCAGUCCUGGGGGAGCAACCUACAGCAACCUAGGCCAAUCUCGUGCAAACAUGAUUCCAUAUAAGCAACCUCGCCAGACACUAGGGGGUAGCCCACCACAAGUUCUGGAGUCCCAUCCCACCCCACCUCCCCUUCCCAAGAAGAACUUGACACCAUGCCAUCCAACCCCAGAAAAAAUAUCUGGAGUCCCACUGAGUCUGGCAAACUCAAAUUAUGACACAGAACGCAAAUGGGAGGCAGCAGGAGAUGAGUCGGAUAACUCUCUGGAGUGGGUAAGAAGCUGCGGAGGACAGAUUGCUGAGUUGCAGGCUGAAGCUUUAAGGAGAUUUUUUACACGCUGCGAAGAUAUCUUCAUGGCAGGACAAAGAGAACCAAUAAACUUUGGAAUAGAGAGCUGGCCUGAUUUUCGACUGAUCAGUUCAACAAGCUGCUGCCUGGCUAGGGAUGCUGUCUAUUACCGGGCAUCAUACGCAAAGGACCCGGGCAAUCUCUAUGCUGUGAAGAUCUUUCGCAACAAGUCCAAGCAGGCACAAAGGGAAUAUUACCAUUGCCUGGCAGUACGUCAGGGUCUCUCAGAUCACUUUAAUAUCCAGCAGGACUGUGGGCAUUUCCUAGCAGAGGUGCCUGCACGCCUGCUUCCUUGGGAAGAUCCCACUGUUUCAGAAGAUGAGGAGGAGGAAGAGGAGAAAGAAGGAGAAAAAGUGACUGACUCUACAGCAUCCAAGGUGGCUCAAGACAAACAAGAGAAACAGCCUGCAUCAGACCACCAGGGAUCACUUGGAAAACGUAGGAGCAGAAUAGUGGUUAUUACACAUGAACCACCCCAGCAAACUCUUGCAGACUUUGUUCGUGAGGGUGAAGAAAAGCACCGCAGAGAGCCAGAGGCAUAUGAGCGCCAAGUAUGUUUUCUUCUCCUGCAGCUGUGUGGUGCGUUGGAGCACUUAAAGGCACAGGGCAUCACUCACUGCGAUUUAUGCCUAGACAACUUAAUAAUUGUUAGCUGCAAACAUGGCAUGAAAGGAUGCAGCUGCUGCUCUAGUUGUUUAACAGCAGAGCAGUGUGACAGUGGUAUGGUGAUGGGUUCUUUAGAAAAGAGAGCAACACCAUCAUGUCCAGGUCGUCUCCUUCUUACCAACUUCAGCCAGGCAAAAUUGAAGAGCCAAGCUACUUGGUGUCCACAGGGAUUAGGAGAUCCUUCACGGCUAGCACCAGAGAUUGUUGGUGCAACACAGUACCGGAGGAGUGAUGAAUUUCAGACAGGGAUUCUGAUCUAUGAGAUGUUGCACCUACCUAAUCCAUUUCAAGAAGGAGGGCUAAAAGAAAAAGAAUAUGCCCCUUGUGAUUUGCCAGUGUUGCCACGCCGGUCACCCUAUUCCCGUGGCCUAGGGCGUCUUGCUGGAUUAUUUUUGCAGCACAGCCCUACAGACAGGUUGCAAGUGGGGCAAGCUAAAGGGGCCUUACGUUGUCUGUUAUGGGGACCUCGAGAUGAGGCACUCCAAGGGCCUGGAGCUCUUCAUAAUUGGCUUGAGGUAAAGAGAACAUUGUUGCUGAUAAAGUUGGCAGAGAGAUCACUAGAGAAGGAGGGAGAGGUGACUUUCGAAGACUGGCUGUGUUGUCAGUACCUGGCUUUUGGCACAGCACGGGGACUAGCACAGACAAUUCGGCUACUGGAACAUCAUUGAAAGGAAUAUUUUCCCCCAUGAUACAACCUCCAAAGUGUGUGUGUGUAAUUUAACUUAACCCAACAGGCUCCGUUUAAGAAGCUUGAACUUUCAGUGUUAUACCACUCCCUCUCUGCACACUUGGGCAGUUGACAACAUGCACAUGCUUUUUGCACUCUUUAAACUCUUUGAGCCUCUUCCACAGACAUAUACAUUGCUUUGCAUGUCUCAAUUAACCCAUUUUUCUAGCCUUCUUCAUAAUGGACACUGAGACAUAAGUCUAAAACAAAUACCUACACAUUUAUUAACUUAGCUAAAUAAAUAUAGUGAGGUUAUUAACCAUCUACCCAUCCUAAAAAUAAGUCUAAAUUAAUUCCAUUGAUAAAUAGUUUUCAUAUGUUGGUUCCUAUACUGAGAGGUUUUCUGUAAAUUUUCUGUUGCCUAUUUCUAUAAUGCAGGUGAAUGUAGGCUGCAUGGAGGACUAUGAAUGUAAUGGAAACCUUUCAUGGAGGAAUGAAUAAAUAGCACAGCACCCAUAGGUCUGCUCUGUAAUUAGUCCAAGUAAUGAUAAAACUUGAAGCCUUAAUAAUGAAGUCUGGCUGAUAUGUAAAAUCUUACUUGUAUGUACAAAGAUCGAUUGUUUCAGUAAGACGUGUUUGUUCAGUUUAACCUGAGAUCUUUGCUCACUACCGAAGGCGUCUAUCAUGGUAGGCAGUUUCUUAGCUUAGUUGUGCUGAAAGCUGUAUACUCAGGGCCACAACAUGAAGUAAGUAAGAUUACUUAAAUCAUUUGCUGUUGUUAUUCUCUACAAGGAAAAUUGGGGCUUUGGCACAGGCAAGAAAUAUACUAGGUGCCAUCAAUAUGUGUAAGCCCAGCAUGUUGUAUUUAAGAGGAAAUAAGUAGAAUAGUUACCAUCAAUACAAUUGGUUGCAAUUUCAGAUAGAACUAUGGCUUCCUUCAUAUUUAGAGAUUCACUUCUAUAUUCCCCUGACUUCCUGGCCCAAACAUUCUGGUCCUGUUGAGAUCUCUUUGUAGGCUGGUCACAUCAUCUGUGCCUUGCCAUUUCACCCCCUCUAUGAGGUUCUGAUCAGAGCUCAAAUGUACCACAGUUUGCAUAAGGUUUAAACUGGCAGUGCUACAAUGAGACACAUUCAUUUACACUAUGAUUUAUUAUUAUCAUAAUACUAACUGAUAAAUAAUACAGGCUCCUAAACAUACCCAAAUAGAAUUCAGCUCCAGAUGAUGCUCAGAAUUCUCAGAAAAGGAGCAGCCAAUUAAGAUGAAGGUACUAACUUGAAUCAUUUAUUGAAAUACAUACUCUUUUACAUUUUCAUAUAUGUAACAGACAUACUGAAACAUGUCUAUCAUGCACACACACUGACUUGACACGCAGGCAUUCUGCCAGUCUAUGGAGGGAGAUUACCAGUAACAGUAUUAAUAUGAAAUGUUUUAUUCUGAAUGCUUUUAAUACCAUAAAUCCAUAUUUAUAUUUAUAAAAAAAAAAAACACACACAUACUGAAUAGAGAGACAAGUACCACACCAAGAAUGUGUAAAUGUAUGUUUUUAGAAACCUUGUGAAGUUUCAAGUGUCACUGGAGGUGCAGAUAUGAUAAAUGUAUCACUUUAAAAGUACAAUGUUUCUGUGUCCCUCUAAACUGGAUUUGUAGGCUAUACAAUACCAGCCUUGGUCCUGUCCAUGGAUUAGAUUUACUCCAAUGGGAUCAUACUCUGUAUACACAACAGCCUUCUGGGAAUACUGUAAGUGAACAAGACGGGGCUCUAAGCAGAGUAUUUUGUGUUAUUCAUAGUAAUUUAAAAAUGUCUAUGUUGCUGCAGAAUUAAAAGGCCCAGCAAAAAAAUGUUUAUGUUACUUUUACAACAUUGUAAUCGCUAAGGCCUUAUAAACCGUAGCUUUUGUAUCAAUGUUCAAGGUAUUUUGAAGAUGUAACCCCUAGAAAACACUCUAGGAUAGGCUGGCCCAGACUGGCAAUCUGUGAGUUCUGGCAAAUGCCAGAGGGGCUGCUAUAAGGUGCCAUAAAAAGUCAGUAUUUAGCGGGCUGGUGGGGGCUGUUUGGGCCUCUGUGUACCUGAAAUGCCAGGGCCUAUUUUAAUUCUCAGUCUGAAGUGUGUAACACUUCUAUGUAUAAACUCCCAGCAUGUAUAAGAGUAAUGGCAUACUAAAUUUUACAGUAGCUUUGCUUUAUGAGGCCAGGUUUGGUUAUUGGCACCUUGAAAAACAUACAGAAGACAUUGGCUUACUUCUUUACAUUUGUUUCUAUCAGAGGUUACAUUAACGAAUAUUAAAAAAAAUCUUCAAUUUUAAUGUAUGAAUGCCUGUAUAAAGUUUAUGUGCAUAUUACAAAAUACUUUUGUUGAAGCACUUGUCUUUUAGAUGCAAUAUUCCUCUAUCCCUCUAAGUAAAAUAUACACAUUUAAACAACAGACUUCUGUUUCAUAUCUCAGGCCUUGUGGGCCAUCAUAGAGAUUUUGGAGCCUACAUCAAGAAGAGUCCCUUGGUCUUUAUGAGCAAUAAAAGGGGGACACUGUAUAACAGUUGUAGUAAGUGUGUAUGUAUAUUCAUUGCUGCACCUUAAACAUUCCUUAUUUACUGGGAGCUGGAGGUGCAUUUUAAUUAAUAGUUUGUCUGUCAAUGUGGCAUCAGAGUUUUCAGAUUUGAACAUUCUGCCAUACCACUACAGCUUCCUUGAACUAUAUAAUUGAAUUUAUCAACAUUGUUAUCUUUCCCAGAGGCGGUGGUUAUGUCCUGGGUCAUCCCAAGGUACAAAUCAGUGGUUGGUAGCAUCUCAAUUACGCAAGUGGUUUGGAUAUCUCUUGCUUUCUUUCGGUAACUCUAUCCGGUUAUGCUGUGGUACUCUCCCAUGGUCAUAUUAUUACAGUGUUAAUAAACCUGUUUUUAUGGCAA